AUGGCAUAUGCACAUAUGCCAUAUGUGAAGGUAACUUUGGAGCCCAUGAUCCUGUAUAUUCAACCAUGUCACGUAGCAAAGAGGGCUCUGAAGAAAAUAAAGAUCAAAGCAGCCAGAAGCUCCACUGCAAAGGUGGUCAAUGUACUUAAAACUCGAAGGACCUUCUGUAAGAAGUGCGGCCAGCAUCAGCCUCACAAAGUGACCCAGUAUAAGGGCAAGGAUCCCCUGUAUGCCCGAGGAAAGAGACGCUAUGAUAGGAAGCAGAGCAGCUAUGUUGGGCAGACAAAGCCAAUUUUCCUGAAGAAGGCUAAAACCACAAAGAAGAUUAUACUGAGGUGUGAAUAUGUUGAACCUAACUGCAGAUCCAAGAGGAUGCUGGCUAUUAAGAGAUGUAAGCAUUUUGAACUGGGAGGGGACAAGAAGAGAAAGGGCCAAGUGAACCAGUUCUGA